AUGAGAGAAGGCCUCGACCUCCCUGAGUUCGGGUACCUCCCAUUCGACCAUUUCGUCCUAGCAAACUGGGACGCGGCGUCCUCGCUCUCCCAAAAUGAGCAGAAAAGAAUCCUUGUCGAGAAAUGGAUCGCGUUAGGAAAAUAUGGGCGAAACGACUACGCCCUCGCCACAUUCGCAGACCCGACCAUCGACCAUAUCCCCGCGGGGGUACCGCAAGACCUCCUCUCGGAGGAGGACCGCGCCCUCAGCAGCAUGCUCUCCACCACGCUGUGGAUCCGGACCUGGUUCGGCGACCCUACAGAUAAGACGAGCCAAGAAGCCGCAGACACGGCGUACGCGCGACUCCGGAAGCCAGUCCUACAGCAGGGCCGCGAGAACUACCACAUUUCCUGCAUCCCCGAGGAGUUCGUCUUUGAGGACCGGGGGGAACUGAGCGCAGAUGCCCAGCGGGGCUGGGAUGUGAUUGGGGGUGUUGCGGCCGGCCGUCCAGGGACUGUACCGGGGUAUCUGGUUGCGGCGCUGAUGCACUGCCCUGAGCUGUUUGAGGGGAUGUCGGAUGACGACUGGCGGCAUUUUACGGGGAAGGAGCGGGCCGAGGAGCUGGCGGAGAGUGAUCGGGCACAGAGUGCGCUGGUUCUUGUUGCGGAUCGGAAGGCCUGUGAGGAGGGCUGGGUGCUGGUCCUGGCGGUGAAUCAUCGGGGGGAGAUUCUUCCGUUUAGGGUGCGUGAGCGGGCCAAGGAGACGGCGCAGAUUGCGGUGAAUUGGCAGGAGGGGCAGCCUUAG